ACCGCCCACACUGUUGCCGAACAGGAGCUGCGAAGAAGCAGCAGCCGGAGCGACAGACUGUGGGCUAAGUUUGUCCGCCCUGGCUUACCAUCACGAGUCUACGGGUCUUUGUUUCUGUGAUGAACAAGUACCUCCGCUUUCGCUUAAAAUUCACACCCAAAGUAGAGGCGUUAGAAACGGUCAAGUGAGCUCGUGACAUUUUGCAUAGUUUGUAGCACAGACAGAGAAACAGGAAAGGAGAGAGGGAGGGAGAAGUGCGAGCGACUCCAAAGUUGACACUUCGCUGUCAUGUUUGGUACUUGUUGAAUAGGCUGUGUACAAACACAACACUGCAGUGUGUGCGUGGGCGGCUGCGUGCUGGGAACAGAGUCUUCUGUAUCACCAUGAGGCUUUAAGGGCACAGGGAGGACAGUGAUGGCAGAGCUGGAGAUUGACCAAUCCAACCUUCCACGUGUCCAAGAAGUGUGCCAGUGUUUUGCUGUGCUGGAGGAUGGAGCGCUGGCACACAACCUGCAAGAGCAGGAGAUCGAGCAAUACUAUACCACCAACAUUCUGAAGAACCAGCUUGUGCAGAAUGACAUCCGUGUAGCCAAGAAGCUGCAGGAUGAAGAGGAGGAGCAGCAGGCCCAGCAGAGUGCCCUUCAGAGACAGGCCUCCAGACAACUAGAGGAGCAGGACUUUGAGUAUGCCCGUGUGAUUCAGGAAGAACUCCAGAGAUGUGCUGAGGAGGCUCAGAGGAGGGAGCUGGAUGAUGAGAUGAUCAGGAGAGCAUCCAAACUUGGCACACAGGAAAUUGCCAAACGGUUGCAAGAAGAGGAAGAGGAGAGUAUCAGGAGACGAAGUAGAGGGUCAGGGAGCCAUAGUGAAGGCAGCACGAGUGACCCUGCACUGCUAUCCCUACAACAGCACACACACAACAGCGUUUGCCAGGGGGAAGAGCAGUACCCUAGCACCACCACCAGGUGGCGAUCCUCUACUUCUCACUCAGACAUAACUGGGCCUCAGACUAACUCCCCAAGGGGGUUAGCAGCUCAGAAAAAUACAACUUCAUGGUCAAAUCAAGGACACCCCAAUUCCAUUAGGCAAAUUAGGAGUGAAUUGAGAGAGCCUUUGAGUGAAAAUUCAGAUGACUCGGACACAGUUUUCUCUGAACAGCUCUCUGUUUGGUCCCAGAGGCUGAAUGAAAGAUUCAACACUGCACCUGCUCGACAGCGGGCAUCUUUACAUCAGCCACAAGAGAGAAAUUGCAGAAGAGUUUACUCUCGUAGAACAUUCUCAGACGAGUUCAGGGAGGAGAGAGAAGAGUGGGACGAGGACUUUUAUGAAAAUGGUGAUCUGAAUGAAGGGAGGCCUAGGAAUCAGGAUGAAGGGAGGCCUAGGAAUCAGGAUAAAGAGAGGAAGUACAGAGAUGAGUAUGAUAUCAGAGGUCAGGAUCCAGGCUCUCAGUUCGUCGAGUUUAGAGAAAAGCGACGCAGUCACAGUGAAUCUGUUCGACUGCAUGACAGGGAUACACACAGCAACAGAGACUUUGCAAAGACCUGGAGCUACAAGGACAGCCCUGACAAACACGUCCGUUUUCGAGAUGAUAAGAGGAGCUCUCGCAGGGAGCAGAGUGAAAGCAGCCAAGUGUGGAAGAUGCUGGCCCGUGUCCUCAAAGAGAGGGGUGUGCCUGUGAAGCUUGGUGGCAAUGGGGCGCCACUGCAAAUAAGGCCUCAAAGCAGAGACAGCCAGGUGUUUCAUGGGAGUGAGGUCUCCUGCGGCGACUCCCAACCACAUCAGAGAGCCUUCCACAGAGCUGCUUCCACGAGGCACAGUUUCCAUGGAGAUAUUAGGGAGAGAAAGAGAUUGUCAUACCGAGAGAACAGUGGGAGAGAUCACAGAGAAGACCGAGACAGGCAUCAUGAUAAUGGAGAGAUUUAUGAGAUUAGGAGAAGGGACUCAGACCUUUCUAAAAGAGAAAGACAAGGCAGUAGAAGGUGGAGUAACAAUGAUGAGAGGGGAGAGAGGAAUGUAAAUAAUUAUAGAGUCAGGAGGGCAGCAAGCGAGCGGAGGCAUUUACACAGGACCGCAGAAGAAAGCUUAAGCUCAGAGGAGGAGCAAGACGUGGAGAGGAGAGUAAAUGUACCCCGCCGAAGAGCCCCAGGACGUAGCCAAAGUCUCAGCACCAGCAGCAGGGCUUCAACCAGGGAUAGGUCAAGGCGCACAGCAGCAGGAGCACCACUUCAACCAGAGCUGAGUGAAACUAAUCUGAGCCUGGGGGAGCUGCAGCAGGUUUUAGAAGAUGAAGAACUGGCCCUCAAGCUACAGGAGGAAGAGGAAAAGCUGUUUGGGAGGAACUCUCAGCCAUCUCAACGUUGUCCUUAUCCAGACGGGGACUUCAGAGUAGCACAAGUGGCACAGGAUGAGGAAAUUGCACGAUUCAUGCAGAAACAAGAAAUUAAAUCAAAGCGUAGAUCUCGUGAGCUGGAAGGACCUGAGUCUUGGCGUGAGCAUAGGGCGAUGAUAAAUCAUCAUGACAGACGAGCUGCAAGAGAGAGACAGGUCCAACGAGAGAGACUUGACUCAGAGGGCCUUCCUUCCCCGACUGAGGACUGCUCUCCAGAGAACCUUCCGCCAAGUCCCACCACCACUACACCAUCAGCCCAGCAGAUUAGAAACAUUGCAGAGGAAUUGGAUCCAACCUUCCAGGCGAGGAGGCAAGGCACAAUGAGCCUCCAAAUGGGACAAAUGGGUCCAGCUACUCAGCCCCUUCCUGUGCCACAGUCAGGUCUAAAUGAAAUGCUUGAGGAGCCUACAUUUAUUCCGCCAACAAAGCGUCAAACAGACAAAUCAGGACGAAGUAAAUCCAAAGAGAAGAAGGAGAACUGCAAGCAACAGUGAUCUCCAACACUGUGUUCUGCUGUAGGCCAUACACCGUUUCUUUUAUAACACUUAAUCAGUUCAGCUAGAGUUCUCAUUGCUUAUUAUUUUAGGGUU